AUGCGACAAACCAAUUCUCUUUUGGCAUGGACAGGCAUCCACAUGUCAGCCUGCAAGGGCGAAGGAGCGGCGACUGUGAGUUACCCGUCGGAGUCCCGGGCCCACUCACUGGAUUCCCGGCAAGGUGGCGUGUAAUAUUUGUAAUAGGCGGCCAAUACGAGACGUGCGAUUUGCUACAUACCGAGCGGGAGCAGCGCCACUUGGAUCGGAUGCUAG